AAAUUAAAUAAAAAACGUUUAAUGGAAAGCAGUGUGUUCAAAAAUUAAAUUGUUAAUUAAAGGAUAUCAAAAGAUAACGAAAUAUUUUGAUCUGGCCACCAUCGAGCAUCGACCAUUAAGCGAUUUUGCUGAAUUGAUCUAAAACAUUUAUUUGUUUAUUUAAAAAACCAUAUUUCGCAGUGUGUUUAUAAAUAAAACAUAAACACAUUUUUACAUAUAUAUACUCCUAUAUGUAUAGAUCUAUUGCAUGCGAAAGUUUGCCGUUGCAAGCCGAUUACUAUUUUAAAAAGAAUUUCGCUACACUUGUGUGCUCUUCAGCCCCCAAGAUCGAAUCAUUCGCACUGAGGACGUUGAAUAGAACAGAAUAGUUCGUUCGGUGUGUCUAUAUUCGCGACACUUGGUUUCGUCGCUGAGAUAUUUUUAAUUUUAAGUAUCUGUGAGGCGGUUUACUUUUGUUUUUUAUUGCAAUAAGGAAUUUUGCGAUAUUAAUAUCUUCGUCGUAUGCACAGUGCAAAUAGUGGCCAUUUUGUCACGGAGUUGUACGAAAAAAUUUAAGUGAGUUUAACAGGUCACAAAAUGAAUGCAGAAAAAUUAAAACGUUUACAGGAGCAAGUGCGCAUAGGUGGUAAGGGUACUGCUCGUCGUAAGAAGAAGGUUACGCAUCAGCCUAACGUAAGCGAUGAUAAGAAAAUGCAAACAUCAUUGAAAAAAAUUGGUAUGACUAAUAUACCUGGUAUAGAAGAGGUGAACAUUAUAAAGGAUGAUUUGACGGUCAUCAAUUUUAAAAAUCCAAAAGUUCAAGCAUCAAUUUCGGCAAAUACAUUCGCAAUGACUGGUCAUAAUGAACCGAAGAAAGUGAUGGACUUGUUACCGGAUAUAUUACCUCAGUUGGGCCAAGAAACUGUUAUGCAGUUACGCAUGUAUGCAAAUGCCAUGGUAGAUUCUCACAAACAAUUAGGUGCUACCGAUAAUGGUUCGCUUGAUGAUGAUGUACCAAUGUUAGUAGAGGAUUUUGAUGAAGUUGCUAGAGGUGAAUCUGAAAAGAUUUCGACACGAGCUCAACUUAUUCAAAAAACUGAAAAAAAUGACAAAAAAGAAGAAAAAAUCCAGGUUGCUUCAGAAAUAAAAUCAAUAGUUGAUGACAACAAUGUUCUGGUGACCGAACAAGUAAAUAUGGCUAAUGUACAACAAACGUUAUUAGAAGAAAGUCAGAAUCAGAAUAAAAAUGUUGGUACUUCGAAACCAAAAGAAACGAAGAAAAAUAAAAAGUCAAUUAAGCAAAAUAAAUCUGAAACUAAUGUUAAACCUGAGCUUGCAAUGCCUUCCGAAUUGAAAAAAGAAAAAUCAAAAGAAGAAAUUAAUAAAACUGCAGAUUUGGUAAAGGAAGUAAUUACUGAAAAAGUAGAUAUAACUUCCGAAUUAAAAAAUCAAAAACCAAUUGAAAUUGUCACAACUGAAGAUAAUACAAAUGUAAUGACUACUAAAAAUGAAGAUAAAACUUCUGAGAUGAAGGAAGAGAUUGUUGCAAACGCCGAUGAAACUUCGACAAAUAAUAAUCAAACCCCAAUUGAAGCUGUUACAAUUAAACCUCCCUUAAAAGAAGUCAUCGCCAAAUCAGAAGACAAUAUUUUAGAUAUUAAAAAGCAAGAAUCAAUAGAAGCUAUUGCAGUUAGUGAUUCCAAAAAAGAGGAGUUUACUGAUAAAGAAGACAAUACUUCAAAAAUUAAAAGUCAAGAGCCAAUAAUUGUAGAGAAAAAAGAAAAAAUUGAAAAAAAUCAAAAAUCAAAAAAAUCGAAUGCCACUAAGGAUGCCCCAAAAGAGUCAACUACUAAGAAAGUAGAUAAAGCUUCAAAAAGUAAAAAUCGAAAACCAACUGAAUCUGGCACAGUUAAAGAAACUAAAACCGAAGUGAUUACUGAACAGGUUCCCGAAAUUGAAAAUGCAAAUGAAAAUGCAACCACUACGAUUGAGAAUGCCACAAAAGUAGUGAUUACAGAAAAAGAUGCUAAUAUUUCUGAUUUACAAAAGUUGAAACCAAAUGAAAUAGCUCCAGUUGAUAAUACCAUUAAUAAAGUGAUUACCGAGAAAGGAGAUGAAACUGCUAUGAUUCAAAAUUUAGAACCAAAUAACAUUGCUAAAGCAGAAGAAACGACAAAAAAAGUUGUACUAAAGACAGAAAUUUCGAAAGAUAAUAAGCAACCAACAGAAAAGAUAAAAGAAGCUGACAUGAUUAAGGAUGGUAAGCAAGUGGAGAUAGCAAAAGACGAAAAAGUAAAAGACUCUACAGCUACAGUAGAAGAGCCGAAAACGAUCAUAGAUCUUCAGGAAGCGCAACAAAAAGACAAAAUCAUUGAAUUAAGUUCAAUUCCAGAAGUGAUUAAUGUUCAAACAAACAAUGACACUUCUGUGAAGAAUGAAAAGUUAUCUUCAAUUGCUCCAGUAGAAGCAUCUUUAGGUGCUGCAGAUAAUAAAAGCGAAGAAACUAAAUUAGAGUUGGUGCAAACUAAUAAUGAUAAACUAAAAGAAACUGUAAAGCCAAUUGAACCAGAGCAGAAACAGUUAGAUGUUGAAAAACCUGUUGAUAUAAAAGCAGAAGUUAAAAGUGAAGCUACCAUUGAAGUGAAGCCACCACAAGAAAAAACUGUAGAAGGGCCACCUGAGACCAUAGCUGUUGUUCAGGAAGAAAUUAUAGCAGAAGGGUUAGUUAAUAAAUUAGAAAUUCAAGCGGAAAACUCUUCCAGUAAUGUUGAAGCGCAAGUUGAAAAAAAGGUUGAAACAAAAUUAGAAGUGCAACCUGAAAAAUCUAAUGAUAAAUCGAAUACAACAGAAACAAUUGUUGAGGUUAUUCCAGAAAAAUCUAUUACUAAAGCUGAAAUUCAACAAAAGCUACCUGCUGAAACAUAUGCCGCUGCUUUAAAAUCAGCAGAGUUUCAAGAUAUGAAAACUGCUGUACAACCUACUGAAGAACCACAAAGUGCAGGUAAUUUAAUAUUAACUCAAGAAUCUACAAUUAAAAGUUCUGCAGAAAUGCCUAACAUUGAUAAGAUUGAUACACCUCCCACAGUUGAGCCUGCAGUAAUGUGUAAAGUGGAAACAGCAGAAGAUCCAAGUAAGUCUAAGGCAGUCGAAGAUAAAUUGAUAGAUGCCGCAAUUAAUGUAACUUCUGCUGUAGCAUCUGAAAAUAAAAAUAAAAGCACAAGCGCAGAAAAAGAAAUAAUCACUUCUAAAGCAGCUGAAGAUAUUGUAGUUGAUGCUGCAAGCGUUCAAAUGGUUACCAAAGUUGCUGAAGAUAAAGUAGCUGAUAAUACAAAAUCUAAAACCAUAACUGACACUAGUGCAAAAAAACCUCAAAAAAAUGCAGAGGCUAAAUCAGGUGUCAAUAAAAAUUCACCUACAAAUGCGAGUAAUAAACCUAAAGUUGCGGUGAAGAAGACGGAAACAAAUAAGCCCGUUUCCACUGACGUUAAGAAAAACAACCAAAAGAUACAAAAACCACAACCACAACCGCAAACACAAAAUAAAAAUGUUAAUACAACUGCCAAACCUCAAGCAACAAAACCGAAUGUAAUUGCAAAUAAAUCUCAAGAAAAACCAACUGAAGUGACAAACCCACCACCAACUAAAACAACUACAACCUCAGAUGUUGCAACUAUAGCGCCAGCAAAACAAGAUAGUAAGCCUACCUCAUCGGAGACUGAAUCAAGCUCGAAACCCAAGCCUAAAGCAAACCCAAUGUCGAAAGCAGUAUCACCUAAAGCCACUUCACCAGAUACAACUGAUUCAAAAAACAAAACUGUUAACGCAAGACGGUCACCGGAUAUUACAAGAAGUCAAAGUAAUGCCGGUAAACCAAAGCAAACAGUUCCCAAACCCGUUGCCAGCACACCAAAUAUAGGCACUACUUCAACUUCGAAUAAAACUGCAAGUGCUAAGCCUGCGAACGCACCAAAAACCACAAAGCCGAAGCAACCAAAAUCAAGUGGACCCAACAACGCUGCCCCUAAGAAGUAGACUGUCAGCGGCUUUGAUAACUACAAUAAUACAAACAUAACGCAACUUGAAUAAAUUAUUUGCAGACUUAAUUUUGUUUAUUGCAUUUUCUUAACACAUAUAAAAUUAAUUGUUUAUUACCACUCAAGAAUAAUAUAAUUUGAGUUUAUUUUUAAUCUAUCUCCGCUACUAACAUUAACCAGUGCCGAAAUUAUGCGUUUGAUUUGAAAAAAAUUAAUGAUUUUGUUAAAUUAAUCAACCAUAAAAACUAAUUUCACGGAUUUCAAAAUGAAAAUUCACUGAAUUUUCGGUAGUAAAAUAAAUGUAGAACGACAUUUACCUAAUAAUUAUAUU